AAAGCUAAUUAGCAAUGGCCAUUUUGUGAUCAAGUGUUUGUGGGGGAAAAAAUAAAAAAAAGGGUGAGAGGUGCAUGAGAGCAUAUAUAUACAUGGGAGAUCAGAAUCAAAACCGGAGAGAGAUGGGUGAUGAGUUAACAACAGUGGAAGACAAUAUUUCCAUUACUAGUAUCGAGCCUAAUGAUGACCCUAGGAUCAUCAUCACGAUGAGUGCCACACAAGUAGAUGAUGAUGAUCAAAUAUUGGAAGCAGGUGCGGGAGAUCAUCAUGAUCAUGGUCAUGUGGUUGAUGAUGAUGCGGUGUCCGCAAGCGCACCUCCCAUGGAGUCAUCAUCACCAGAGGGCACUAGCACUAGUACAACUUCACCAUCUGUGUCAACGAAGCCCCUUCUACUCUCUAUUGUACCUCCAAAUAAUAUCAAUAGGGCAGCAGCUACCCCAAAGUCUCACACUCCCAAUUUCUUCACACCAUUGGGUAGCCCAAUUAGAAGGGCCAUCCAACUCACCAAGUUUGACCCUCGUAGUCAGGAUCACGACGCUUGGCUCCCCAUCACCGAGUCAAGGAAUGGCAAUGCCUACUAUGCUGCCUUCCAUACCCUUUGCUCUGGUAUUGGAAUUCCAGCCCUUGUGCUCCCUGUCUCCUUCACCAUUCUUGGAUGGACAUGGGGGGUGAUAAGCUUGACACUGGCGUUCAUAUGGCAGCUUUACACCCUGUGGCUUCUGGUGAAGCUCCAUGAAUCCACGAAAACUGGGAUGCGUUACAGCAGAUAUCUCCAGCUCUUCAGUGCUACCUUCGGUGACAAAAUGGCUAAGAUCUUCGCCGUCUUCCCCAUCUAUUACCUUUCUGGGGGAACCUGUUGUGCCUUGAUUAUAGUGGGCGGCUCCAGCAUGAAGCUCUUCUACGAGAUUGUGUGCGGCCACGACUGCACUUCCAAGCCUCUCACCGCGGUCGAGUGGUAUUUGGUCUUUACCUGCGCCGCCGUGCUUCUGUCUCAGCUCCCCAACCUGAACUCCAUUGCCGGUGUCUCUCUAGUUGGUGCCAUCACCGCCAUUGGCUAUUGCACCAUCAUGUGGCUCGUCGCGGUCACUGAGGGAAGGCUUGACGGAGUCUCUUAUGAUCCCAUAAGAGAAAACACCAACACCGCUAUGGUUUUCAGCGUUCUCAAUGCGCUUGGCAUAAUUUCCUUUGCUUUCAAAGGCCAUAAUCUUACCCUAGAAAUUCAGGCAACCAUGCCUUCAAGUGAGAAAAAGCCAUCGCACGUGCCAAUGUGGAGGGGGGUAAAGGUUGCAUAUCUAAUUAUCGCAAUGUGCUUGUUUCCUCUAGCAAUUGGAGGAUACUGGGCAUACGGACACAAGAUUCCACCGAAUGGGGGAAUGAUGACUGCAAUAUAUGAAUACCACGGACGUGACACUUCCCAAUGGGUUCUUGGAUUGACCAGCUUAUUCAUCGUAAUGAAUGCGGUGAGCUCCUUCCAGAUAUUUGGGAUGCCCAUGUUUGAUGACAUGGAGUCCAAAUACAUCAAACGCAUGCGAAAACCGUGCCCCUGGUGGAUCAGGUCGAUUUCAAGAGCCAUGUUUGGAUACGGGUGCUUUUUUAUAGCAGUGGCAAUUCCAUUCCUAGGUAGCUUUGCGGGUCUGAUCGGAGGGAUCUCCAUUCCGAUUACCUUCGCUUAUCCUUGCUUUCUGUGGCUGAAGGUAAAGAAGCCCAAGAAAUACAGCUUUAUGUGGUGCCUCAAUUGGGGGCUUGGCCUUUUGGGCACCGUUCUCUCUAUUAUACUCAUAGCUGCUGGCAUUUAUGUUGUCAUUGACACUGGAAUUCAAGUCAGCUUUUUUAAGCCCCAAUAGUUCCUCUAUUCUAGCUACUUCAUCCCUUCAUCUCAUCCUGCAUUCACUUCCCUAAUCAGCAGGAUGAUUAUUUCUUUUUCAUUUGUUGC